CCGUUUGAGAUGCUCUAAUCUCUACUUCUGCCCCCAAAUGUUAAGAGAUCAUUUCCUUCGUGCUUGAAUACUUCAAGCAAUCCUGUCGUUAUGUUGUACUGCUUUCAUGAUUUCAUGACUCCAUGAUGCUUCCACGAAAGCUUCUCGUUCUUUGGCUGGGCGUUGUUCCCGUCGUCCGGGCUCAACUGGAGCAGCCUCCCCUCAGAGCCAGAGCGUCUCUCUCCUUCUCUAAUAGGACAGCCUCGGGCACACUUCCCUCGACGCAAACCCCAGUUACACUCUUGGUAAACGUGACGGCCGUCACCACCUAUGUCACAAAAGGGCCCGAUGGCUUGGGAACAAUAAUCGGGAGUAAUUCCUCUGUGACCGUGACAAACACCUCGUUCAUGUUUAGCUACAAUGUGGGCGUGAACCCUCUCGCCACAUUGUCCAACCCAGCACCUGGUCCCUCUGAGACCGACAAUCCGUUGACUGGAACCGCUACCAUGACCGGCGGCGAGCUCGUGUAUGUAGACUCCGAGUCGAAAGUCUUUGACCACUGACUGAACCUUCCAACUAGGAAAUCGCCAGCUGCAUUUUACGUCUACAACUCUGUCAAAAUCAUUACUGCUGAAGCCGUCUAUGACGAGGGCGGGAACAUAAUCAUACUUCGGCGGACCAAGUAUCGCGGGCCAAGUCGUUUCCGAGUCAGAGUACGAAGGAGUGGUUUCGAC